AUGCCUGCGAGAACAAGCAUGUCGACCAGCUCGAGCGAGGCCAGCUCCACGCUGUCGGCCCACGCCAGGAAGCUGGGAUUUCCCAAGUCCGACAUCCAGAUCAACCUGAAGAACCACUUCAAGACCAAGACGUACACCUCGUCUUCUGUCGUUUCUGGAGAUGUCACCAUCACCACCCAGAGGGACGUGCGGUUCGAUAGCGUCGAGAUUAUCAUGGUCGGCUCUGCCAAGACGAAGACAGAUGGCUACAGUGCCCCCCACGAAUCUACUUACACUUUCCUGAAGCUGGUCAUGCCCAUUUCAGAGUCUGUUUAUCCCGUCCCGCGAGUCCUCGAGAGCUCGAGGACAUUGAGCGUCCCAUUCCACUUCGUGCUGCCCAACUUCCUCACCAUCGGCGCCUGCACGCACAAGGUCGAGUCUGAGCACGUCAAGCGCCAGCACCUGUGUCUGCCACCUUCGAUGGGCUCCUGGGCCAGGGGAAACUGGGAGAAGGACGACCUGUCUCCGCAGAUGGCCGACAUAGAGUACACCAUCAGAGCUCGGGUCUGGAAACAGCCGGAGCUGCAGGCACGCCCAACCAAGAUCAUGGAAACCAUCAAGUCGAUCCAGGUCCUCCCCACCUUCCCCGAGGACGCCCCGCUUAGCAUCAGCAAGAGUGACCGGCUGUACUGCAUGACCAAGACGAAAGCAAUACGCAAGAAUCUGCUGUCCGCAAAGCUGGGCAAGUUUACCGCCUCGGCGGAGCAGCCCAGGGCCAUCAUGCUCCGGCCCGACGGGCAGGUCUCGACCGGCACGGCCGCCCAGAUCGACCUGAGGUUCGAGCCCGUGUCCGCAGACACCCCGCCGCCGAAGAUCACAGGCAUCUCGUCCAAGAUCACCGCCCACACCUACUUCUCAGCAGGCCCCAUCGGCUGCCCGCCGAACAUGGGCGACUUCAACAAGGCCGGCGUCUCGGACCGGCGCGGCGUCUACUCCACAUCCGUCAACCUCCCCGCCACCACCCCGCUCGAGAAGCCGACCUGGCUCACGUACCAGGCCCGCCGCGACUCGGGCUACUUCACCGACACGGCGCCGGAGAACACGGCAUCGGAGGACGACGCGGACGAGGAGGAGCGCCAGCGCCAGCAGCAGCGGCCGCGGCGCAAGUCCAUCACGAUCGCGAACCUCGUGCGGCCCUCGAAACAGCAGCAGGCGUCCUCGCCCCCGCGGCGGCCGCGCAGCUCCCCCGUGUACCACACCACCGCCAUGCACGUGCCGGUGGCGCGCCUGCCGACGGGCAAGAAGUUCUUCGUGCCGACGUUCCACUCGUGCAUCGCGUCGCGCGUCUACACGCUGCACGUGUCGCUGCAGGUGGCGGCGAGCGCGGGCGGCAGCACCACCGUGUCGCUGGACCUGCCUCUGCAGGUCGGAGUCGAGCCCGAAAGGGCGAUGGGCCCGGGAGGGGCGAUUGAGGGCGAGGCGCUCCCCAGCUUCGAGGACGCGGUCGAGGAGGCGGCUGUGGAUGAGUUCUUCCGGCCGCGGGUGCUGAGCGUGCCUGAGAUUGCGUUCCAGGAGACGAGCGUGCUGCCCGGGUAUGGGGCUAGGUGA